GCCAGCGAGUGGAUGUGAUGAUAUCUAAGUGAAAGAUAAAAAACACAGAAAAUUUGUCUUGAUCAAGAAUACUGACGAACACUGUUGACACAGACUGUGUGUGCAACAUUGUGACAUCAUGAGGGAGACAAAUUGAGCUAAUUCUGCAGUUUCUGUAAAAUUCCCUACAUCUUUCAAUAAUGGCUGACAAGUACGAGCCAUUAGAGACAUCAGAAAGUCUGGUUAAGAAAGAAGGAUCCAAACGAAAUGUAGAAUGGAGUAAAUAUGGUCUGAGUGACGAUGUCUGUCAACCAGGUAGUGAUGGAAGUUACCAGCAAAGUUCACCUCAAGUACAGGAAUUAUUUGAUGAACAGCAGGAUACCAGUUCUCAAAAGCCAUGGUGGAAAGCCAAUUUUUUCAUAAAAGAGCCUGUGUUGUUUGGUACAUGGGACGGUGUCUUCACAUCAUGUAUGAUCAACAUAUUUGGUGUGGUUAUAUUCUUGCGAACUGGUUGGAUGGUGGGUAAUGCUGGUAUUGGUUUAUCAAUACUAAUAGUGACUGUGACAAUAAUAGUGGCAUUAAUAGCAGGCUUGUCAGCUAUUGGAGUGUGCGAAAGAUGCCAUGUACAGAGUGGAGGAGUGUAUUUUCUCUUAUCCCAUGUUCUGGGAACACGUAUUGGAGGAACCAUCGGUAUAAUGUACAGCUUUGGCCAGACUGUUGCAUGUGCUUUAUAUUGCACUGGUUUUGGAGAGUCUGUUGCCGCAACAUUUGGAUGGGUCGACAACACAUGGGCAGUUCGUGGGGUCGGCAUUGCUGUUAUAUUAUUACUAUUGGCUAUUAACAUAGCUGGUGUCAGAUGGGUGGUCAAAUUACAAUUGGUUUUACUUGGAAUACUUGGCAUUGCUACGUUAGAUUUUGUCAUCGGUACCUUUUCACAUACUGAUCCAGAAAAUGGUUUCACUGGAUACAAACUCAUUAAUCUUCGUAACAAUACAGCACCAAUGUAUUUACCAGGGGAGACAUUCUUCAGUGUAUUUGGUGUUUUCUUCCCGACUGCUACUGGUGUGAUGGCUGGUAUUAACAUGAGUGGAGACUUAAAGAAUCCAUCACGUAAUAUUCCAGUUGGUACUUUAAGUGCCAUUGGUGUCACUGCUUUGCUCUAUUUCUUGUAUGUAGUCCUUCUUGGUGCUACAUGUGAACGAUGGGCAUUACAAACUGACAUGAUGAUAGCAGAAAAGGUUGCCUUGGUUGGAUUUUUAUGGUUAGCUGGACUUUAUAUUUCCAGUUUGUCAUCCUGUCUGAGUGGUCUUUACGGAGCACCUAGAGUCUUACAAUCUAUCUGUCAGGAAAAUGUUAUACCGAUAAUUAAAGUUCUUGCAAUGGGUAAAGGACCAAAUAAGGAACCGAUUUUAGCUUCAAUAGUAGUAUGCGUGAUUAGUAUAGCUUUUAUAUUUAUUGGCCAUGUGAAUGAAUUAGGCCCCAUAGUAACCAUGCCGUUUCUUUUAACGUACGCCGUAGUGGACUACGCCUACUUUGCAUUAGCUAUGAGCUAUGACAAAAAGAAAACAGAAUUACCUGCAAAAAGUGAACAGGAUUCAUUAUUGUCACAUGUAAUUGAUAGUAGCAUUAAAAAAAAGGAAGCAGAUCUUGCGAAUGGUGGGUAUGGCACAACACUUAAAUCAAUGGAUGAUAAUGAGACGGUUGAGAAAGCAGGUGAAGCUAUAGACACGCAUUCAGAAUCUGUUGAGGUGGAUGAUAAAAUGCAGUUAUUAGAGAAGAAAAAAGAUGAUAAUGUUGAAAGUGGGCAGCAAUCUCGAGUGCCAUUUAAUACUGAAAUUUCAAGGAUGCCAGACUCUUGGUAUUCACAUAUGUGCAAUAGAUGGGUGUCAAUGUGUGGGGGUAUAUUCUGUAUAUUUAUUAUGUUUUGUAUACAGUGGGGAUAUGCAUUAGCCAAUAUAUCUGUGGCUUUAAUUAUUUAUAUUUAUAUUGGACAAGCUAAUCCUGGUACAAAGCCUGGUGUUGUGGAUUUUAAUUUCAUUACAUGGGUUAAAACUGGAUUUCAAAGAUGUUGUCGUCGUGGACCACCACCCCCUGAGCAAAUGAUUAUAAGUCAGCCUUCCACUUUGCCAUUUGGUCUAACAACAGAGCAAUUAACAGAAGAUGGUGAGGAUUAUUCAUCAAGAGGUCGUUAUCAUCAAUCCGCUAUAGUUAAGGGUCAAAAUAUGGAUGAUUUUGAAUGA